AAGCCCCUAUAAAAACACUACUGUUUUGGGAGAGAGGAAAAAAGACUAGGGUUUAAGGAAAAACCUAAGAAGUUUAUAACCCUAACUCUCUGAAUUCCAAUCCGUGAAAUUUGCGGCGAUAAUAAAAUUUCGAUUCCAGUUUUCUUCUCUAUUUGAAAAGUUCGAUUUUGAGCAUCUAUCCAAUUUACAUUUCGAAGAAAGAAAUUGAAGGCAUUUUUCGACAAUUCCAAAAACUUUUAAGGUAAACUUUUGAGCGAGGAUAGAUGGUUGUGCUUCGUAAAUACCCUUCUUCAAUCAAUGGAGAUGAAUUGGAAGAUGACGAGGAGGUAAAUACUAUGGGCAAUAAUUCAGAGUCUGAGGAAGAAUCUGAAUCAGAUGAUGAAGAACAAGAUGACAUAAAGCUAACAGAACCUUCAAAAACUGCUAUCUAUAAUAAGGAUGGUCUUGCUGAUAAGUUGAGUGAGAUAAGCUGGCCUGACAAUGUAGAUUGGAUGCAUACUCUUGAUGUAGUUAUUGAUCAAGAGAAAGAAGUUGAUGUAAAUGAUGACCUCGCUCGUGAGGCAGCAUUUUAUACACAGGCAAUACAAGGAACCCGACAAGCCUUUGCAAAGCUUGAAUCUAAAGGGGUCCCAUUUCUGCGGCCUUUUGAUUAUUAUGCUGAGAUGGUGAAGACUGAUGUUCAUAUGGGAAAAGUGAAGGGCAAACUUUUGAUGGAGAAGAAGCUAAGGGAAGAACAAGAUGAGAGAAGGAAAUCUAGAGAAGCUAAGAAAAUGGGGAAACAGGUUCAGGCUGAAAAAGAAAAAGAGCGAGCUAAGGAGAAGAAGGAGCACAUAGAAUCUGUUAAGAAAUGGAGGAAGCAGCGGCAAAGGAGCGGGUUUGCAAAUGACAAGGAUGAAAUGAAGUUGUCGUUCGAGGAGGGUGGAUCACAUGAAGGUAAACGCAAAGGACCACCUGGUGUGCGUCCUGGUGAUAGGUCGGGUGGAAAGGCAAAACAGUUUGGUGGGAGGGGCAAGAAGGGGAUGGACAAGAACAGGAAGAGCCGUGAAUUCAGAGACUCAAAGUUUGGGUUCGGGGGAAGGAAAGGCGGUCACAAGCAGAAUUCUGCAGAUACAACCAAUGACAUCAGAGGUUUCAAUAAUAAAUCUCGUUCUGGUAACAAGAAAAGAAAAAUGUCUUAGUUUCUACUGUCUGUCUUUACUCUUCAGUGCUCUGCUGUUACAGUAGUUGGGGUUAUAUUAUCUAGAUCUGCAGCCUGUUUUUUGUAAUAUUAUUUGAAGCAAUUUUGUGACAUUUUCCUUCUUUUUUGUUGAAACGAUUAAAUGGCUUCGUAAUUGCAUCAUGUACACCUUUUGAUCU